AUGACCACCGCGGACGAGUUGAUAGCGAGUCUCCAAGACAUCCAGAGCGACGCCUUCACGGACAAGGCGGAGCGGAUACGCGCGCGGGACGCCCUGUACGACGCCCUGCGCAGGGUCCAGACGCCGUGGGACAUUGCAUGGGACCAUGUCAUUGUCAAGGGCGCCGGCAACGCCGCCAUCAAGACGCUCAUUGACGCCGGUGCCUUCAAAAAGUGGCACGAGGCUGGAGGCGAGCCCAUCACCUGCGACGAGCUCGCAGCGCUCACCGGCGCCGACACUCUCCUCAUACGACGGUUAAUGCGAGCCAUAGCGGGCCAGCGGCUCGUCAUCGAGACCGAUGUCGACACGUACGCGCGCACGCCCUGGGCGCGGGCCCUCGGCGAGGACGCCCCGUUGCCGGCCAUGUACGGCGGCUUUUACGGCGAGCUUACCAACCCCCUGUUCCGCAGCCUGCCGUACUUCCUCAAGGAGACGGGGUACCGGAACCCGACGGACCGGAACAACUGUAACUUCCAGCGCUGGCGGGGCGACCCGGAUGCCGUCUUCUUCCGGUACGUCGGCACCAACCCGCUGCUGACGUCCGACUUCAAUGACGCCAUGGAGUGCCACUCGCGCGACAACCUCACGGCCUGGCCCGAGGUGUACCCCACAGAACGGCUCGUCGAGGGCGCGCACCCGUGCCGGGCGAUGGUGGUGGACAUCGGCGGCGGCAAGGGCCACGACCUGAAGAAGUUCCAUCUCCAGCACCCGCAGGUCCCCGCGCGGGACCUGAUCCUUCAGGACCUCCCCGACAUCCUGAAGGAAAUCGGGCCGGACCCGGCCUUCACGGUGCAGCAGUACGACUUCUUCACGCCGCAGCCCAUCCGCGGGGCGCGGGCGUACUUCUUCCACAACGUCCUGCACGACUGGCCGGACCCGACGGCCGUGGAGGUUCUGAAGACCGUCGCCGAGGCAAUGGAGAGGGGGUACUCGAGGCUGCUGAUCCACGAGAGCCUCAUCAACGAGAAGGAGCCGCUGUGCAAGGUGACGGCGACGGAUAUCAUAAUGAUGGCAGCGCUGGCGUCGGCGGAGAGGACGGAAAAGCAGUGGUGCGACCUGAUUGCGAGCGCGGGCUUGAGGGUGGUGAAGAUUUGGAGGCCCGCGCAGGCGGUCGAAAGCGUUAUUGAGGCGGAACUGGCGUAA